AUGACUCGUCAAUGCCCCGCCGUAUUUGGAGGAUUUUCCUGUGCCGUCAACAAUUAUACCAAAGAUCGUGCCAAAGCAACAAGCCGCCACGGACUUUUUGUGCCUUUACAUCGUCCACCCGUCAAUCCAUCCAAGGAAUCAUUCCAUCAGCCGGCAGUGAGAACAAUGGGCAAGAUCCCUUUCGAUUGUCGCGGCCGAAGAUUUGUACGUGGCACAAAAGGAUACGAACGCAAUGUUACGAUGGAUUUUCUCCAAACCGUCCAGGAAAGUAUCGAAUCGGAUAAUGUGGUGGUCGGUGACAAGUUCCCGGUAGCGACCGGGAUUCUCUUUACUACGGAUAUUGAAGUCCACACGUACCUCCACAACUUUUGGACGACGAGUCAGGCAACAAUAUCCAACAACAACAACAACCAAACGCAGCAACAGUUCCAAGAAGCAACGGCAAUGGCACGAAAAGAAUUUGUAGCGGCGCUCACGGACAAGGUCGUCUCGGCCAUUGACACGUACGACGCACUCCCGACAACCCGCGUACCGACAUUGGAAGCGUAUCAGCGACUACGAGGAGUCUACCACCCGGCACACAAUCUCAAUCAGAUUGGCACCAGUAUUCAAGCCUACGGAUAUGGAUUGAUUGCUCAGUGUUAUUUAUCUCGUCGCCCUUUUGUUUGGGGUAUGGUCCAUUCGACAUCGAACCGACCGAAUUGUCCGGGCAUCCCAGCCACUCUUUCUCGUGUGCCGGAGCAAUCAUCUUUGGAUCGGCCAUCAAUUGUCCCACUCGGGAUUGAUGAUGAUGAUGAUUCCUGGAGUCAACAAGCCGCCAGUGUGGCAUGCAUGUCCGUGCCUUGGUUAUUGGCCAUUGGCUUUACCACGGCAUUUGCCGCCUUGUACAAACGAGACGUUCUCAUGCCAUUUACGGUCCUCAUUGUCUCCAAUACCAUUCUGCUGUUGAUCUGGACGUUUGUGGACCCGCUCGAGUGGAAGCGCAUCUCGACUGGAGAGCUCAGUUCCUAUGGCACGUGUGCCUCCAGUUCCGACGAUGGAGUUGCCUCGGAGGUAUUGGGAGGUCUCGUGGGCGGCUUGAAUGGUAUUGCCCUCAUUUUGGCCAAUGUCGAAGCAUUCAAGAGCCGGCACGUCGAUACAGAGUACAAUGAGAGUUCGUCCAUUGCCGUUGCCAUGGGAUUCAUACUGCAGAUUGUCUUGGUCGGAGUACCGACACUCUUCUUGGUGGAUGAAAACCCCGCGGCAUCGUACUUUGUUCGGUGUUCGAUUGUCUUUGUCAUUGCCAUGUCAUUGCUACUACUUGUCUUUGUCCCAAAAAUCAUUGCAUGGCGCAAACAAGCCACGGGAGGACCAACGGCAAGGCCAUCUGCAGGUCGCUCCACUCAAAUGGAAAGCAACAACCACCGGAGAUCAUCUUAUUUUGGGCUGAAAAUGAAAAUCUAUGAGCCACAGUCGAUGCACAUGGGUUCCUCCUCCGCGUCUUCUACUCAGGUGGCAGCUAUCAUGGACAAAGUCGACAAGCUUGAGGCGUUGCUUCGGGAGGAAGGUGUAGACGUGGACACGCUAUUCCAGAGAUCCGGACUGAACGUGAUCCAACAGAGCAGCGGUCACAAUGGUAGUAGUGAUGCUUUUGGCCUGUGCAAGGAUGCGAAUGGGUUGCAAAGCGGGGUAAUAGCCGAUGACGACGGCGGUUCAGACAUGAACGCAUAG